GAAGAUAAUAAUAUUGAUAAAAAGCUAUUAGAAAUUAUCAACUACAAAACAACAAAAAAUAGUAACUGGAUUAUUGAAAGUAAAAUCAACUCUCUUUGUCAGUAUUAUAAAAAACUUGUUCAAGAUGAAAAGAUAGAAUUUUUGUUAUUGAUAGCCACUAAAUAUUCUGUUAAUCAUGAGAAAAUAUGUGAACUUGUUAAAAAAUUAUCUAACACCGAGGUACAGAAUACAAAUCAAUUGAUUUCGAGAGAAAAAUCACUCAAAGAUGCUCUUACGCCACCUUAUCAUUGGCUUUUCACACGAGUCGGAAGAUUGGGCAAUGGCGUUAAAUUUCUUGUAGAUUUUAGAUCAAAUGUUUUAGACGUACUAAAAAAUUCCUCGAACAAUUCUCCUGAUACUUUUGCUCUAGUGCAGAUGGAUGCAACAUUAAAAGAGCUAUUAUUUUUAUGGUUUUCAGUGGGAUUUAUGAAAGUCGAACGAAUUACUUGGCAAACUUCAUGCGAUAUUCUACAAAAAAUUUCCGAUUAUGAAGCCAUUCAUCCUGUAAAAAAUUGGAUAGAUUUGAAAAAACGUGUUGGACCAUACAGAAGAUGUUUCAUAUUUACUCAUCCAUCUAUGCCAAGAGAGCCUUUAGUUGUUUUACAUACGGCAUUGUGCGAUGUUAUUCCUGAUAGUGUGAGUAGUAUUCAAGAUUCGGACAAUAGAAUAUUUAGACAGAAAAUAUCAAAUGAAGAAGAGAUAGAGGAUAAAUCCAAAAUUAAGGCAGCUGUUUUCUAUUCUAUAGCAUCGACUCAAACGGGUCUUCGGGGUAUCGACUUGGGAAAUUAUUUAAUUAAGGAAGUGGUGAAUCAAGUAACUUCGGAAUUUCCAAUGGUAAAUCAAUUAUCUAGUUUAUCACCUGUACCAAAAUUUCGACUAUGGCUUCUAGAUCAAAUGAAAAGAGAUAUUAAUACAGUUUUUGCUAAGUGUGAACAAGAUAGUAUUAAAACUAAUUUAAGUUAUAAAAUAACAACUACUGAAACUUUAGAUUUAUACGUGUGUUUCAAAGAAAUUUUUAGUAAUUCUCUAUGGUUGAAUAACAAGCAAUUGGUCGCUAUUUUAAAAGAACCAUUAUUGCGCUCCUGUGCUUGGUAUUUGUAUAAAGAAAAACAUAGAAAUUAUAGUUUGAAUAAUGUUGCCAAUUUUCAUCUUCGAAAUGGAGCUGUUAUGUGGCGGCUGAAUUGGAUGGCAGACGUUUCUAAAAGAGGAAUGACCAAUAGUUGUGGAAUCAUGGUUAAUUAUCGAUAUUACAUUGAAGAAACGGAAUCAAAUAGUAUAAACUAUAUUGAAAAUUAUCAUAUUAAAGCUUCAGAAAGCGUGAUGGAUUUAGUCAAAGAAUCUGAAAGAUUCUAUGCUACCCGUACUAGUAUUAGUACGGAAAUGUAAAAUAUUGCUUAAAAAUAAUUCU